CGUGCGGUGGUCACCCAGGCCGGGCUGAACGGGGCGCAUGUGGGCGCUGUGCAGGCUGCUGCGGUCGGGGGCCGGGCGCGCCAUGUCACAGGGGCCCGCCCGCCGCCAGCGGCCCCCCAAGGACCCGCUUCGACACCUGCGCACCCGGGAGAAGCGGGGCGCGUCCUGGGAGCCCGGGAGCCCCAACACGGUGUACCUGCAGGUGGUGGCCGCGGGCGGCAGGGAUGUGGGCGCUGCGCUCUAUGUCUUCUCCGAGUACAACCGGUAUCUCUUCAAUUGUGGAGAAGGCAUCCAGAGACUCAUGCAGGAACACAAACUGAAAGUUGCUCGCUUGGACAACAUAUUCCUGACACGAAUGCACUGGGCUAAUGUUGGGGGCUUGUGUGGAAUGAUUCUUACUUUGAAGGAAACUGGGCUUCCGAAGUGUGUGCUCUCUGGACCUCCACAACUGGAAAAAUACCUAGAAGCAAUUAAAAUAUUUUCAGGUCCUUUAAAAGGCAUAGACCUGGCUGUGCGGCCACACACGGCUCCGGAAUACAAGGAUGAGACCAUGACUGUUCACCAGGUCCCCAUACACAGUGAACAGAGAUGUGCAGAAGACCUCAUAUCACAGAGUCCAGAAAGACGUCUCAGCAGGGACAGCCCCAAUCGAUCUCCAGACUCUACAGCAACCAAACAUGAACAGCACCUUCCAGAUGGCAAUGGUGUCAGCCGGACAGUUGGUGGUAGGGACCCUUCCUUGGUGGUAGCUUUUGUCUGUAAGCUGCACAUGAAGAAAGGGAACUUCCUGGUGCUCAAAGCAAAGGAGCUGGGCCUCCCCGUGGGGACAGCUGCCAUCGCCCCCAUCAUUGCAGCCGUCAAGGACGGGAAGAGCAUUAUUCAUGAAGGAAGAGAGAUUUUGGCUGAAGAGUUGUGUACACCCCCAGAUCCUGGUCUUGCAUUUAUAGUGGUUGAAUGUCCAGAUGAAGGCUUCAUCCAGCCCAUCUGUGAGAAUGAUACCUUUAAGAGGUACCAGGGAAACCCCAACACUCCAGUGGCCCUGGUGGUCCACAUGGCCCCAGAGUCUGUGCUCAUGGACAGCAGAUACCAGCAAUGGAUGGAGAGGUUUGGGCCUGACACCCAGCACCUGAUCCUGAAUAAGAAAUGUGAGUCAGUCCACAAUCUUCGCAGCCACAAGAUUCAAACGCAGCUCAACCUCAUCCACCCGGAUAUCUUCCCUCCACUCACCACUUUCCACAGUAAGGAGGAAGGGCCGGCUCUCAGUGUGCCUGUGGUUCAGGGUGAAUGCCUCCUCAAGUACCAGCUCCGCCCCAGGAGGGAGUGGCAGAGGGAUGCUGUUAUUACUUGCAACCCUGAAGAAUUCAUAGCUGAGGUCCUGGAGCUCCCCAACUUCCAGGAGAGCGUGCAGGAGUAUAGGAAGAGCACGCAGGAUAGCCUGGCCCCAGCAGAGAAAAGAAACCAGUAUCCAGAAGUCGUCUUCCUGGGGACAGGGUCUGCCAUCCCAAUGAAGAUUCGGAACGUUAGCGCCACACUGGUCAACAUAAGUCCUGAAAAGUCUCUGCUACUGGACUGCGGCGAAGGCACGUUUGGGCAGCUGUACCGCCAUUAUGGAGAGCAAGUGGAUCAGGUCCUGGCGAACCUGGCUGCUGUGUUUGUGUCCCACUUGCACGCAGACCACCACACAGGCUUGCUGCACAUCCUGCUGGAGAGAGAACGUGCCUUGGCAGCCCUAGGGAAGCCCUUCCACCCCCUGCUGGUGGUAGCCCCCACCCAGCUCAGACCCUGGCUGCAGCAAUACCACAACCAGUGCCAGCAGAUUCUGCACCAUGUCAGUAUGAUUCCUGCCAAAUGCCUUCGUCAAGAAGCCGAGGUCUCAGACCCCUCAAUGGAAAGUCUGAUCCGAUCACUGUUAAAAACCUGUGAUUUGGAAGAGUUUCAGACAUGCCUGGUCCGGCACUGCAAGCAUGCUUUUGGCUGUGCACUGGUGCACACAUCUGGCUGGAAAGUGGUAUACUCUGGGGAUACCAUGCCCUGCGAGGCUCUGGUCCAGAUAGGGAAAGAUGCCACCCUGCUGAUUCAUGAAGCCACUCUGGAGGAUGGCUUGGAAAUGGAAGCCAUAGAAAAGACACACAGCACCACCUCCCAAGCUAUUGGUGUGGGGAUGCGGAUGAAUGCAGAGUUCAUCAUGCUUAACCACUUCAGCCAGCGCUAUGCCAAGAUCCCCAUCUUCAGCCCCGACUUCAACGAGAAAGUCGGAAUCGCCUUUGACCACAUGAAGAUCUGCUUUGGAGACUUCCCAACCGUGCCCAAGUUGAUUCCACCAUUGAAAGCCCUGUUUGCUGGUGAUAUCGAGGAGAUGGAGGAGCGCAGGGAGAAGCGGGAGCUGAGGAUGGUACGGGCUGCCCUCCUGUCUCAGGAGCAGGCAGGCAGCCCGGUGGACAGGGAGCCCCAGCAGAAACGGGCCCAUGCGGAGGGGCCGCAGAGCCCACAGAGCAAGAAGCUCAGAGCCCAGUGAGCUCCAAAGGCUGCAUCUUGUGCUCUACAUGGCACCGAUGCCUGCUUCUCUCAUCCCCGUGGGAGUCCGAGAGUGCCUUCUGCCAGGAGGAAUGACUCAGGACAGGAGUGUGGAGUCCUGCAUGGGUUCUGGCUUAGCAUUGAUCUGCCAGACACCACCCAUGACUGGUGCCUGCCACAGCUGCAGGACAGGAGGCUGUGUGGUGGAAGACAGUGGAAAUGAGGAGUCACACAUGGAAAUGGGCAGCGCCUUACCUCCAGCACACUGGUUCCCUUGGCACACUGGAGAAGCUGGUUAAGUAGCCCAGACUCCAGAAGUAGUAUUCCAAAGAAUCAGGUGCAAUAAAGCUUGAGUUUGGAAUCCGA